CGGACUUAGUUUGGUUCAUAGUCUCUCUUAAAUCUUAUGUUGAAUGCUCAGACAAUUAGUUCUAAAAUCGCCAUGAGAGUUGAGUAACGCACAAUACGAUGAAAAUUUGGGGAGUACCUGUAGUGUUUGUGAAAGGAUUGUUAACUUGGUGAUAAGGUUGUUUUAAUACCUCGCUAACCAAUUGUCCUUUCUAGGCGGGAUUUUGACGCAUUAAGAGAUUUAUGAAAUGACAGAAAAUUAUCCUCGUGAAAUACAUAUACUUAAUGGUAAAUAUACACAAAACCCUACUACUUUUGGAGAUGAAAAGAAGGAACACAACAAGUUAGCCCGAAAUGUUACUAUUCAUUGGUGUGCACCUGAAAGGUCUUAUCACGAAUUAUCGCGCGAGUAUUCUGGUGUAGAUAUACGUAACAACGAGGUACAAAACGCCAAUUAUCUCGUUGCACAAGGUGGCCAACUAAGACCAGCAAUAUCAGAAGUAGAAGGCCUAGACAGAUACGCCAAACAACUUAUGGAUGAAGUUCCUUCGCAUCCAAUACAUAAAAACAGUCAAAUGAAUGGUUAUUCAUCCAAACACGAAGCCGUAAAUCAUACAACUACAGAAUCCUAUCAAUCACUUAAUGGGGAGUGUAGUUAUAAGGUUGAUCAAAAGCCUGUACAGAAAAGAUCAGAUGAUUUGACAACGUUUGAGAAGUUAUGUCAAAAUUUCGCAAAAGAUUCCACAAAUAAAAAUGAAACACGAGCUGGAAAACGUUUAGGAUUUUACCGAUUUGUUUUGGAUAUUGGUAGGGGGAAUUUUUCAAAGGUGAAAUUAGCUCUUCACAGUCUGGUUAACAUCUUUAAAUUGGUUCUGGGAAAAAAAAUAACUUAAUUUAAGUGUGUCCGACAAACUUGAGAUGAUAAGGCACAUUUUUUUCUCUCUAUCGAACACCUGUAGUAAAUGUUAUUCAACAGAUUGGUGAUGCGAUUCACGCUCAGUUGGUUAAUUUCGGUGAAUCCUAUUCUUAUUCCAAAUUCAUGCAUAGUACACAAUGACCAAAAAUUAUCGAUUGGAAAAUAUAUUGGCUAAAUGAAAGUGAGGUCUAUGGAAAGGAAAAGACAACGACGUUGAAAGAUUUUUCCAUGACGUAAUUCAAAAAUAUCAGUAAAAAUGUAUGCACUGAAAGUAAACGACGUGUAGUAUUAGGCUAUUCAAAUACAUUGGAA